CCAUAGUCACGGAUAUUCAUUCAGACAAGCACGAUGUUCACUUUGGUUCUGUUAGCUCUGGUAGCUCAAGCUUUUGCUGGGGAGUACAUCGACGCGAGAUGUCCAGUUGUGCGUCCGGUCGACAAUUUUAACUACGCCUCCUUCUCAAACGGAUAUGGUAUGAAGUAGGCAGGUAUGACAACAGAAAAGAAAAGGGUACCGAGUGCAGUUACUCAAUAUACCCCGAUGGGUGAUCGCUUUAAGAUAGAGAAUAUUGGAUUGAGACACAACAAAAAAUACGAAAUUGAUGGAUAUGGAAGACUCGCUCCGGACGCUGGUAGCACAGGAAAACUCAUCUUCACACUGCCAUAUGGAAAGAACGGUCAGAAUACCGAUAACAUUUUGAAUAUCAUGUCCACCGACAACGCAAACUACGCUGUGCUCUACCACUGCAACUAUAAUGAAGAGACCAAGACUAAACAAGAACUCUCCUGGAUCGUGUCAAGAACAAAGACCUUGAGGUCUGACUUCAAAGCUUUAAUUGACAGAUAUUUACUGGAAUCAAAGGUGUUAGACCUCAGCAAGUACAUUUUCCCUGACUUCUCUGAUAAUGUGUGUCGUAUUGACUUCUAAACUUGAAGUGAGUUUUGAAGAUAUCAGACAUCUGGUUCAUCGUCACUUCCUUUCUGUCAGUAUAUUAUACUUAGAUAGAGUUCAAUGAACUGCACUUUGAUGUAAACUAUUUAACAGUUUCGUCCACAAAACUUUUUCUAAUGUCUUUUUUUAAAUAUAUAUAUUUUUUUA